AUGGAUAUAAUGAAUUCAAUAUGUUUAACACCAGAACAAUUAGAAACUGGUUUAGUUAAUGGUACAAUUGAUAAAUUAGAACUCGAAAAGCUUUUAACAAAUAAUAUUCAUGAAAAUGAAAAUACUGACACAUUAGUACAGUUUUUUCAACAAUAUAUUCCUGGUAAUCGGUCAAUGGAUGAAUUCAUUGAAAAAAUUCGUCAAUAUAAUAGUGCACAAAUAUGUGGUCUAGUUUGGAAUGCAAAUGUUAUUGCAUAUCGAUGUAAAACAUGUUCGAUAUCACCAUGUAUGAGUAUAUGUUCUCAAUGUUUUCAAAAUGGAAAUCAUGAAGGACAUAAUUAUAAUAUGUUUAAAAGUCAAGCCGGUGGUGCAUGUGAUUGUGGAGAUUCAAGUGUUAUGCAUGAAUUCGGAUUCUGUCGUUUUCAUGGUGAAAAUCGACCCAAAACAUCAAUGGUACCACGUGAAUUAAUAUGUUGUGCAGAAUUACUUAUUCCACAUUUAUUGAGAGCUUUUAUACGUGCUCUACGUAUGAGUAAUGUUAGCGGUGAUAUAGUAACAGAACAAAAAUUACUUGAAAUACUUAACCAAUUAUCAAAUGGUGGUUCAGCUAUACAAGUAUACAUGACAAAUACAUUAACUGAUAUACGUCUUUAUGAAGAAUUCAUUACUGAUCCAUCGAUGAUUAGACUUUAUCAUUAUGAAUAUUUAAUUGCUGAAUGUUCAACAUUACCAGUGACAUUUUUUGUUGAAUCAUUAAUGAAUGAUUCAGCAUCAAAUAGUUUAUUACCAUUUGAUACAAGUUUACGUACAAUGCUUGAUGAAAUAAUGAUGUGGUGUGUUACAGCAAAUUUACCAGAAGACCUUGUACGAUUUUUACUUAGUUUAUUACCUGAUUUUAAUUUCAAACUGUUAUUCACAGAAACAUUUUUACGUUUCUACGGUGUUAUAGCACAAUCACUUAUUGAUGAAUCACUUUCAGACUCAAGUGAAAUACCAUCACGCCUCGUUCAUAUUAGUGUACAAUUAUUUUCCUCAAAUAUUAUUGCUGAAUAUGCUAUGAAAAAAUGUCAUUUAAUUGAAGUUAUACUUUCAUGUAUAUGGCGUAUGUUUGUACCAUCAAUAGAUCAAGAUAAACAAGAUGAUGAUGUUGAUGAUGAUGAAAAUAUACUUAAAGUACAUCCAUUAGCAUUGAUAAGCGAGUCAAAUGUUGGUAUGGUAUUAGAUGUUGAACAUCGUUUAAUAGUAAAAAAUGUUUAUUGGCCAUUAUUAAGUGAUUUUGUUAAUAUAUUAUCUCAAGAAAAAAUUGCUUUCACAAUAAUGGAAAAUCAGAAAUAUUUUAAUCUAUGGUUACGUUUUCUUACAUUAUUUCAAGGUAUGAAUGUUAAUGAACGUAUAUUAACUCAGCAUGUUGAAUAUGAACCACAAGCAUAUAUGUAUGCAUUUACAAUUGAACUUGAAAUAAGUGCUGCAGCUAUGUGGUGUUUUGUUGGUCAUCUUAAACCAAAUUAUUCAUCGGAAAAAUUAAUUUAUGUUAUCAAACAAAUUAUUGAUAGUAUUAAUGAUUGGAUGCAGUCGUUAAAUUUUGAUUACAAUCGUAUGGAUGAUUGGAAGUUAACAUUUCAUUUACCAUUACAUCGUUAUUUAUCUGUAUUUGCUUAUAAUGCUAUAUAUCAAUAUAAUAUUGAUGCAUCAUUAUUUUUACCUGCUAAUGAUUUAAAUAGCCUUCUAAAUUUAAUGUUUUAUCCAUUGAGAACGAUUUGUGGAUAUUAUGAAGUUCUAUCGAAUAUUUGGCUGCGAAAUGGACAGCAAGUAACAAUUCAAGCUAAAACUUAUGCAAAAAGUGCUUUUUCAUCAUCAAUGCAUGAUGCAGAUUUAUUUCUUUUACAAUUACUCUCAUGUUAUAUUGAACCAAAUGUAUUCAUGGAAAACUUACUUACAAGAUUUCAUGUUUUUUCAUGGUUAUUUCAUUCAGCAACUAAAUCAAGUUUAGAUUCAACACAACGAAUAGCAAUGUUAGAAAGUGCUUUAAUAACAUUAUGUGCAAUUGUUGGUUUUCAACCAAAUAUUGCUGCUCGAGAAACGAAACAAAUUCGAGCUGAAAUUAUAACAACAUUAGCUAUUGCUGAUCGAUUGUAUAGUGAAGUGGAAGAAAAUGUUCCUGAUCCAUCACCAUUGAGUGCUAAUAGAAAAGAAAUUGAAAUUAUUCUUGAACAAGUAUCGGAUUUUCAAACACCUUCUGUUGAAUUAAUGGGUCAUUUACAACAAGGCAAAUAUACAAUUAAAGGUGCAUUAUUCAAAACUGAAUACGAUCCUUUACAUGUAAUAAUGCGUUGUACAAAGCGUGCAAAUUUUCAAAAUUCUCUUGAACGUUUUACAAACUAUGUUAAACAUGAAGGUUUAUUUAAAUCAGAUUAUCCUAUUUGGCCACCAUUUCGUAUACCAACCUAUUACCAUUCACAAAUGUCAAAUGUUCAAAAUAUAUUACGAUCAGGUGUAUUACAUCAUUUUCUAUUUUUAUGUUUAAAUGCUUAUUUAAAUGACAAAUCUAUUACGGAAAAUAUUCUAUAUUUUACAGUAUAUCUUCUAGAACUAUCACUUCUUAACGGUGAAGAUAUUUCACCAAUGGCAGUUGAUGAAAAUUCAGAGGAGAUCGUUGCAUUUAAAACAAACAAUAUUUUUACAAAUAUUCGUACUCGUGUCUUCAUAUCACAUAAUCCAUUAAAAAAUGAAUCUGAAACUGAAAGUAUUAUUACACUUCUAUUAAAAAUUCUUCAUAAACAACGUUCACAGGAUUUUGUUGAUUUAAUAAACAAUAUCUCUCUUCAACAAAAACCAGAUAAACCGAAGAAUAUGUCACGUAUUGGUGAUAGUUAUUAUUUUAUUUCAAAUAUAUUUUCUUUAUCAUCACAAAUGAAUGAACAAUGUCGUAUAGCAAUUAAACAAGAAAUUGAAAAACUUAAAGCUCAAUAUCAACAACAACAGCCUGCCAUUCCAAAAUCAUCUGAAUUAACAGCUGAACAAAAACGACAACGAGCAAAAAAUCGUCAACUAAAAUUACUUGCUGAAAUAGCAGAAUCACAAAAGAAAUUUAUAAGUCAACAAAACCCAGAUGAGACUUCAAUGUCUGUUGGUACCUCACCAUCGUUAUAUAAUGAACAUUUGUCAAUUGAACAAACAAUAAAUACAGCAGCAGCAGCAGCUUCAAACAUAUCAACUCAUAUAGAAAAUGCAGUUGAUUAUGAAUGUUGUGUUUGUCGCAUAACCAAAAGUGAUAGUCAAUCACCAAUAGGUCUUAUUGGAACAUCAUGUUUAUCACUUUUACCUAGCCUUGAAUUUGCUCAAUUAGAUGAAUAUGAACAAAACAUAUUAUCAUACAAUUCAAAUAAAAUUACUCUUGAAACAUAUUUACAUAUAACUAAACAAAGUUUAACACAAAUUAGCGGACAUCCAUAUAUUGCAAAUUAUUGUCAAAAUGAUCAUCAUCUUCAUUCAUUACUGAUUCAAUCAUGUGGCCAUUCAAUUCAUGUUGAUUGUCUUUCAUCCUAUCUUAAAGCAUUACAUCCGAAUCAAGAAGCUGCAGAAGUAUCUGUUACUAAUCUUCUUCCAUUUAAUACAAAUUUUCGUUGUCCACUUUGUCGCCAAACAGCUAAUGCGUUAAUUCCAUUAUUUGAUUAUAAUGAUUAUUCAAAUAUAGAAGAUAAUAAGCAAAAUUUAACACCAAUCGAACGACUUCAUCAAUCAAUGUUAAAUCCAUUGCGUCCAAAAUUAAAACGAAGUUCUGAUGAAAGUUGUUUACUUGCAUUUCUAUCAGGUCUUGCAGCUAAAUGUGUAUCAACCGAACAAUUAUCUGCAGAUAUCCCAAUGAUAUUACNAUACAUCAAAAUGACUAAUCAUCAACGACGUGUAUGA